AUGGUUGAUGUUGAUUAUAAGCAGACCAGUGGUACAAACCCACCAUUUGCGGCUCAUUUAUCACAAAAUCUACCCACCUUACCUUCACAGUCCAUGUACCAAUUGACACCUGGGUUUCAACAGCCGCCUUAUGGGGUCAAUAGUCUUAGUGUGCCAGCCGUUGGCCUCAACCAUUCUGAUUCAAAUAGUGGUGACAAUAUACUUGAGACCACUUAUCAAAGAAGCUACCCUUAUGCGACAUUCCCAAACCAGCAGUACAUGUAUAACGGAACAAGCCAGUAUAGUUUGCACACAAGUUAUGUACAUGUUCCCGUUGACUACACAAAUAACUCUGGAAUGAACCAUGGGACAGACAGUAUAACUGGCUAUUACCCAACUAAUUAUGAGACCACAUAUCCUCAUAUCUUUGCAAACCAGCCAAUGACUGUACAGAACCAUACGCAGAGUGUGCCUGAUCUCGUUCUAGCUGCGCAAGGCAAGAAGUGUACACAAUGCGGUAGAUUCAUCAUAAGGGACAUUGCCCGUCAUAUGAGAAUCCACGAGGAGGUUUCGAGAUUCAGAUGCCUUUACCCUCGGGAAUCGUGUCCCCACAAGACAGGGUACUUCAACAGGCAGUACGAUUUCAAGAAGCAUUUAUUACAUUCCCAUUUCAUAUUUGAUGAUCCCAUGGUGAAGAGGGUAAAUAGUCUUAGCGAUAAGCUUGGCGCGCGUGGGUGUUGCCCUUGUGGGAUGGUGCUUAGCGCAGAAAAGUACCUUGAUCAACACAUAAUGGAAAAAGACGAAACAGGAAGCUAUAAGUGUCCACAUCUACAGGCCCAUUGGGAUAACCACUAUAGCCAAAGUGGAAUCCCCUUGAGUCAUUCCACUUCGUACUAA